AUGGUUGCGUGUCUGGUACUAUUCUCAGGAGGGAUGGAAACCAUUGGGGAGAUAGAUGGCGAUAAGGUGUUCAUGUUUGCGGAGUUGAUAGCUAUUUAUAUCUCCAUGGUUGUAUAUGCUGUUGCACUGAGUGUGGGACCUAUACUCUGGAGAAAGAUCGAGGUGCAUGCAAGGAAUGCCAUGCUUAUUGCAGCUGCUGCUAUGGCGAUAGCUGUUCAUAUGGUUAUUCUUAGGAAGAUAGGAGGCGACUACUGGUUGAGGCUUUAUGCUAAUGCGACGUUCACUGUGUUGGCGACUCUCGCUUGUGGUUUCAUCUUCUUUGUGACAAGUAGAGAUUCUGUUGGUAGCGUCGGUUAUUAA